GAGCAUGGAAAAGUGAUUGCUUUCCUGUCUGUGGGGUAUAGUUGCAGAGGACAGCCGCAGAACAUUUGCAGGUGAGCUGUCUGAAUUAGGCUACUUCAUGCUGGGGUGGUGCAGUGUGUUUCUGAAGAGAUUGCUUAAAAAAACAGUCCGUAGGGCGGAUUGUAUUUGUGCAUUUUCAGUUUCUGCUCACGGAGCUUUCAGUGUUGUUCAGGAUGAUUCAAAGUGGGUGAAGUCCAUCCGGGGGCGAAGGGACUGUAAGAAAGGACCUUUGGUCUGUUUGGUGAUGAGUAAUUAAUGGACAUCUGAUGUCUCUGAUCUCUGCAAGGAAAGGAGCUGAUGUCGUCAUGAAAAUCAUGGUAUGAUUUUCCUUCAGGAGAAACUAUGACUUGGAACGACACCACUAUGGAUGGGGAAGGGUUGCUGGUGGAAAGGGACUCUUCCUUUCGGAUCCUCACGGGCUGCUUCCUCUCGCUGCUGAUCCUCUCCACGCUGCUGGGAAACACGCUGGUCUGUGCAGCUGUCAUUAGAUUUCGCCACCUCAGGUCCAAGGUGACCAACUUCUUUGUCAUCUCGUUGGCUGUGUCAGAUCUCUUAGUGGCAGUUUUGGUCAUGCCUUGGAAAGCUGUGGCUGAGAUUGCCGGUUUCUGGCCUUUUGGUUCAUUUUGCAACAUCUGGGUGGCCUUUGAUAUUAUGUGCUCAACAGCCUCCAUCUUAAAUCUCUGUGUCAUUAGUGUGGACAGAUACUGGGCCAUCUCCAGCCCAUUUAGGUACGAGAGGAAAAUGACCCCCAAGGCAGCCUUCAUCAUGAUCAGUGUGGCGUGGACUUUGUCCGUGCUGAUUUCCUUCAUCCCUGUGCAGCUGAACUGGCACAAAGCUACAACCGAAAGCUUUUUGGACUUAAAUGCCAGUUUACGAGGUAUAACCAUGGACAACUGUGAUUCUAGCCUAAACAGGAUGUAUGCUAUCUCCUCUUCUCUAAUUAGCUUCUAUAUACCUGUGGCCAUCAUGAUAGUAACUUACACGAGGAUAUACCGGAUUGCUCAGAAGCAAAUACGACGCAUCUCAGCUUUGGAGAGAGCAGCAGUGCACGCCAAGAACUGCCAGAACACGAGCGGCAACAGAAGCAGUAUGGACUGCCAGCAACCAGAGAGCAACUUCAAAAUGUCCUUCAAGAGGGAAACAAAGGUUUUAAAGACUUUGUCGGUGAUCAUGGGGGUGUUUGUGUGCUGCUGGUUGCCAUUUUUUGUAUUGAACUGCAUGAUCCCCUUCUGUGAGCCUACCCAACCAUCCAAGGGAGCAGAAGCUUUCUGUAUUAAUUCUACCACCUUUGAUGUUUUUGUUUGGUUUGGAUGGGCUAAUUCUUCCCUCAACCCCAUAAUUUAUGCCUUCAAUGCUGAUUUCCGCAAGGCGUUUUCGACUCUGCUGGGAUGCUACAGGCUCUGCCCUAUGUCCAGCAAUGCUAUAGAGACUGUUAGUAUUAACAAUAACGGAGCAGUUGUUUUUUCGAGCCAACACGAGCCCAAAGGGUCCAGCCCCAAAGAGUCUAAUCUGGUUUAUUUGAUUCCACAUGCAAUUAUCUGUCCAGAAGAAGAACCUCUCAAAAAAGAAGAAGAGGGUGAACUAUCUAAGACCUUGGAGAAAAUGUCUCCAGCACUGUCGGGUAUCUUGGAUUAUGAAGCUGAUGUUUCUUUGGAAAAGAUCAAUCCCAUUACACAAAAUGGGCAGCAUAAAACCUGAACAGUAAGGUUUACCCAGCAAGAUCUAAUAUUAUGGUCAGAACAAAAUGGCAAUAUUCUGCUAUGCCAGUUUUCAUGCUCUUUCUAGGAAAGAACUCUGGGCAAUGAUACAGGAGAAGGCUGCUGGCCCUGCUAUACUGAUGGCCACUGCUUUUCUAUUUCAAUUGCGUUCCCUUUUGGUCCCACCAGGCUGUUCCUCCCCCUUUCCAGGAGGGAUAUUCCCGUUGGUUCUUUGGCAGAGUCUCCUCAGCGCUCACCUGGGCAGUGGUGAUGGAUGGUGCUGGCAGGGUGAUGCAGAGCCAGCUACCAGUCACGCAGAGCAGCAACAGACCUGGGCUCCAGGUUGUGUGCUGAAAUAACACGAUUGGCAUCAACAGCAUUGCUUCAGUUUCUGUCCCUCUGGAUGGGGUUGGUUUCACCCCGGAAGGCAAUGUGGAGAUCAAAGGGAUACCCUGGACCUCUUUCAUCAUCAGCCUCUGGACCUGGUGAGAUGGGUGAUUUGGUGUAAAAGAGGCAGAGAAGAGCAAGUGGCAAAGGUGUUCCAGGACUGGCUGCGGGGCAGCAGCAGUUGGGAUGGUGGCACUGGGGAAACCCUGUGCCCCAGCUCCCCCGCCGCGAUCCCAGGCAGCCAGAGGAGACGAAUGGAGGAAGAACUCAGGUCCAGCCCUGCCCCGGCCAGACCCAAGGACCAAACCACCUCCCGGUCCCUGCAGCACCCUGGGGCCAGCUCCGCAGGGAACGCGGCUUUCACUUCAGGGCCAGCACGGCCCCGCCGGCGGCUGACCUCAGUCCUGCCGGGGAGUGCUCAGCACUGCCGAGAGAUGCUCAGCUGAGGAGCACGUCUGGCUUCGGGCUGUCAUUUGACUCAAAAAGAAAUGAAAUAAUGUAUGUGGUAAGGGAUUUUUAAAGCCAACUUAUGCUUUGUUCCAGAUAACUCAUACAUUUGUUUUUCUCACAUCUCCUAGAUUUGCUAUGUCAGUAGCUCCCCUUUCAGUUGGUUGGAUUUUUUCCUGUUUGAAUAUUUCCUACCCAACAGAAUUAAAACUGUUUGUGGGAUAUUUCAAGUAACAAAAAAAAUAUCGAAAAAGUCUUGUUUGAAUAUAUCAUCAAAGGAUGUUUUGAUAUUUUCAAAAUUAAUUUCUUAACUUUUCAGCUUGCAGUGUUAGAUUUUUAAAACUCAGAUAUCUGGUUUGAAAAUAAUGGCAAAGAAGUUAAACUUUAAAAAUGAAAUGAAAUAUUUUAAUAUGACUUGCAUUAAACAAUUAGAUUGUUCAAGACCUGUUCCUACUCCCAACCCUUGAUUUUCAGAUCAUUAAUUUCACAUUUUUCUAAGACAAGGAAACAUUUUGAAGUCUUGGAAGAAGACAGAAUGAGAGAAGUACUUGCUUCCCAGAUUCGCCUUCCAGUGAUGUGAGCAGAGAAGUCAAAUGUUUCACUGAACUGAACUACCAUUGCAAAGUUUCUCUUAAUCUCAGAGAGAGAAAAUUAUGGAU